UUUUGUGUUAGAGGUUCACAAAUUUCACUUUCACACACUCAUCUUCAUUUAGCAAAAUCAACAAUUCCAAAUUCAUAAUUUUUUCCAAACACCAACAUGCAACAACAACAACAACAAUUUCAUUUCCACAACAAUCUUCCAUAUCCAAAACCAAAAAACACAUUACAACAUUUUCUCAAACACAAACCCUAUUUUCAAACCACACAAAAAUUCACUUACAAUAAAACCACCAAUCCCUUCAAUUUCAUUCACAUAAAAAAGUUUCCACCUUGUAAUGCAAUAACAUCAUCAUUCCCAAACCCUUCUUCACCAAAAAAUGAAACUACUAUUGUUUCAAAAAAAAAUAUUGAUGUUGAAAAUUCCAAUGGAAAAAAAAAGUUUUUGGGGUGCAGUUAGUUUAAUAAUUGGUGCUGCUGUUGGGCCUGGAAUGUUGGGCCUACCAUCAUUAACAAUUAAAUCAGGCCCAAUACCUUCAACAAUCAUAAUCUUAUUAUCAUGGAUUUAUGUAAUGUCAUCAAUAAUUCUUGUAGCUGAACUUUGUUUUGAUUCAAUGCAAAAAAACAAUGUUGAUGAAGUUAGUUUCACAAACCUAGCAACAGCAACAUUAGGGAAAAAAUUUGGUUCAUUUGUUGCAUUGGUUUACACAAGUUUGUGUUUUUCACUUCUUGUUGCAUGUGUUUCUGGAAUUGGUUCAAUACUCUCACCAAUUUUUCUUCAAUGGUUCAAUUUCAAUUUCAAAACCCUAAUUCUUCAUUCAAUUUUCCCUGUUUUUCUUGCAAUUUUGAUUGUGUUUUUCCCUUUCAAAACCAUUGAUUUUGCAAAUAGGGUUUUGUGUUUCCUCAUGCUUUUUUCAAUAACUGGAUUAGUAAUUGUUGGAAUUGUUGUUGCUAGGGUUAAUAUAAUUACCUCUUUUGCUUCAAUUUCAUGGAAAUUUUCAUCAAUUUUGCCAAUUAUACCUGUUGCUGUUUUAACAUUAGGGUUUCAUGUAAUUACCCCUUUUAUAUGUAAAAUUGCUGGUAACACUAUAGAUGAUGCAAGAAAAGCAAUACUAAUUGGUGGGGUUGUUCCUUUGAUAAUGGUUUUGUCAUGGAAUUUGAUUGUGUUGGGACUUGUUGGGACAAAUAAAGGAACAAACUUUGGAAAUGACCCUAUUACCCUUUUGCUUUCUGUGAACCCUUCUGCUUUAUUUGCAGUUCAAGGGUUUGCUUUUUCUGCUAUGGCAACUAGUUUGAUUGGUUAUGCUGUUAGUUUGCCUAAACAAAUUCUUGACACUUUUGAGUUGGUAUUUGGAAAAGAUGAAACUUUUUGUGAUAAUGUGGAUGGAAAUGGAAGGGUUGGAGGAUUGGUUUUUUGUUCGGAUCGGGGUAGUAUUGGUAAUUCAGGGGAAGUUAGAUUCAGAGGUUCAAGGAAUUUGAGUGAAUUGAGAUCAAAUGAGGAAAGAUUUGAUGGUGUUAAAGUGAUGGUUACAUUAUUAGUCCUUUGUUUUUCAGUGUUGAUAGCUUCAUAUUUUCAGUCUACUUUUUCAAGAGCUCUUGAUUUUGCUGGAGUUUAUGCUAAUUGCUUUCUUUUUGGUAUCAUUCCUCCUGUGAUGACUUAUAUAUAUCAAUCCAAGAAGAAAAUCAGGUCAUCCUUCAUUCCAGGAGGAAAUGUGACACUUUUGCUUCUAUUCAUUGUAUCAAUCAUUUUGGGAAUUUGGCAUUAGAUAUUUAUCCAAAGGCAAUGCUUAGAAGGAUUUGAUUUAGUUGAAGUUAAAGUACUGGGCUCUAAUGAGAAUCAUAAUACCAUUUAUAUAUGUUGGAUCAAUGAAAGUAUGUACACAGUUAUGUCAGUUAUGUAAAUCAUCUAAUGCUAUGUGGAAUUAUAAUGAAAGUAGUUAUUAAAUCAAACAAAUAAUUUGUGUAUACUAUCAAGCAGUUAAGCUCUUUUUACCCUUUAUUAUA